AUGCGCUUCUCCUUCUCCCAGUCGCUGCUAUGGCUCGCCGCCGUCGCAGCACCCCUCGUCUCUGCUGAGCGCCUCAUCGAAUCAAAGUCGCUCAACCCUUGCAUGGCAAACUCGUCCUUCUCAGCUACCCUCUUCAACGUCGCCUUUACUCCCGGUAACCGCAGUUUGGGCUUCAAGAUCGAGGGUAUCUCCAACAUCGCCGGCAAGAUCGAGGCCGACAUUGAGCUGCUCGUCUACGGAUUCUCCGCCCUGAACCAGAAGCUCGACCCUUGCGGCCAAGAGGAGCUCGAGGGCAUGUGCCCCAUGAACGCUGGGCCCUUGACCAUCAAGUCCAACAUCGACAUCAGCCAGGAUAUUAUGAGCGUAAUUCCCGGCAUCGCAUACACCAUUCCUGAUCUUGACGCCGUUGUACGAGUAAAGAUCAAGGACCAAGAAACUCAUGUCCAGCUUGCCUGUGUAGAAGCAGAACUGUCAAACGGACACUCGGUCGACCAAAAGGCUGUCGCUUGGGUCACGGCCAUUAUAGCAGGCUUCGGUCUGCUGGCAUCUGCCAUUACUUCCGGUCUCGGUCACUCCAACACAGCUGCCCACGUCGCUGCAAAUGCAAUGUCGCUCUUCGGUUACUUCCAGGCGCAAGCCUUCAUCGGCCUGUGCGGCGUUCCCCUCCCGCCCAUUGUCUCUGCAUGGACGCAAAACUUCCAAUGGACCAUGGGCAUUAUCCGUCUUAGCUUCCUCCAGAGAAUGGCCACCUGGUACCAGCGCGCCACUGGUGGAACGCCAACCACGUACCUCUCGCAACUAUCGUACAUUUCCGUCGAGGUCCAGAAGAGGAGGAGGGUCAGACGUGCCAUCGAAUUCACCACCGGAGCUGUCGGUCGUCUCAUCGCACGUAGUAACGCUGCUGCCACCGAAGCCCAGGCUGGUGGAGAACGUGUUGUCCUUCACGGUGUUGAGCGUGUCGGCUUCAAGGCCAAGAUUGAGACCACCAACAUCUUCUUCACCGGUUACAUCUUCUUCAUCAUCUUCAUUCUCAUUACCAUCAUUGGUGUCGUCGCCUUCAAGUACAUUUGCGAAGGUCUGGCCAAAGCUGGCAAGAUGAAGGGUGACAAGUUUGUUGACUUCCGCAACGGCUGGCAGACUGUCCUCAAGGGUAUCCUCUUCCGUGUUGUCCUCAUUGGUUUCCCCCAGAUGAUGGUUCUGAGCUUCUGGGAGCUGACACGCCGUGAUUCUGUUGGUUUGGUCGUCUUGGCCAUUCUUUCUAUGCUUACCAUGCUUGGUAUACUUACAUGGGCUUCUUCCAAGGUCGUCCGUAUUGCCCAGCGUUCUAUUGCCAUGCACAAGAACCCCGCCUACAUCCUCUAUUCGGACCCUGUAGCGCUCAACAAGUGGGGCUUCCUCUACGUCCAGUUCAAGGCCGCUGCCUACUGGUUCAUCAUUCCAUGGCUUGCAUACCUGUUCAUCAAGGCCAUGUUUGUCGGUCUUGCCCAGGGCAGCAGCAAGGUCCAGGGAUUUGCCAUUGUCAUCAUCGAGGCCGUUCUCCUCAUUGCUGUCUCCGUCAUGCGCCCAUGGAUGGACAAGAAGACCAACGGUUUCAACAUUGCCAUCGCCGCCGUCAACUUCCUAAGUGCCUUUUUCUUAUUGAUGUUUACCGAAGUCUUCAACCAACCUACCAUUGUCACUGGUGUUAUGGGUGUCAUCUUCUUCAUCAUGAACGCCGCCUUUGCGUUCAUUCUUCUUAUGAUGCUUCUCGUUUCAUCUGGAUUUGCUCUGUUCACCAAGAAUCCCGAUACUCGCUACCAGCCAAUGCGCGACGACCGUGGCUCUUUCAUCAAGUCGCAAACCCAGCUGACCACUGAGCUUGAUGCUCUUGGCGCAACCGCUCGCGGUGAGGGCAAGGGCACUCACCCCACUGGAUCUCGCAGCCGUAUCGACGAUGACGAAGAUUACUACUCCGAGGAGCAGCGUCAAAUGGCCUCCAAGGAGGGCAACUUUGGCGAGCACUACGCUGCCGCACCACCACGGAGCGCGGGCAACGACGGAAGCAACCCAUCUGCACCUCCCUCGUUUUAUGAGAGCCGCAGCCCGGCACCGUCAUACCGACCUGGCAGCAACGGCCAGCAGUAUCGGCAAGCCAACAGCUCAAGCCCAUGGCAACGAGGGGCAGGAUAUGAACAUUGA